AUGUUCGUAAAAAUCAUCACGUUGCUGUGGCUUUUAAAAAUAAAACGCGCCUCAAUUGCUGGCGUGACAUACAUGGAUGAUUUUGAUUUCGAACAGAGGUACAGAAACUUGCACGAGUGUGACCCAUUUUAUUGGCAUCCGUUGCAUUUGCCAGAAGAAUGUGCGGAUAUGUUCGCAAAAUUGAUACGCUCGAGAAUAAAGACACCCUACCGUAUUGUCACCGAAAAGGAACCUUUUAUAGAAUACGAGCGGUUUUACAAUUCCCAAUUUGAUUAUAAUACUCUACCAGUCGGACACGAUUCUCUACCAGACGAUUACGGUGUGGUAUAUCCUAUGGAAACUGUGCAACUUUAUAAGAGACCGCGAAAUCCAAUGGAUAAAUUAUUGGAUAUGCUUAAGCGGGAUGUACAAAAUAUACCAAGUGCUGCUAGAAUAGCCACUAUACCCUACUUUGGCGGUGUUGCAUUGUACAAGCAGCCUGUAUCCUGGAAGACUGAGGCUAUGAUCAAGCAGCUAUCGCAAGCGUAUGCGAAAGCAGCUUAUAAUAAAUAG